CCACAGCUAUUCGUCUCCUGGGUAUCUUACAUCUUAACAAGGUCUAACCCCUGUGAAUGACAAAAGUUUACACACCUGGUGGCAAUUACACCCUGAGACCGUUAUAGUGUGUGUAUGUUACUGAGUCCUGGUUGGGACCCCUGGUUUUGGAUUUGGGGGGCAGUGCCUAAUUCAAAUCUGUGUUUUAACACACGCCUCGUUUCUGCUUCUCCAGUCUGCUCGAGGUUUCCAGAGAGGAGAUGAACACAAAACAUACAAAGGACACUGGAAGAAACAAACCUACUGUUUAAAGUUUGAGGAAAUAUGAUGUUGCUCUUUAUAAAUGAUGGAUGUAAUAGACGCAAUUGAUCCUUACAGCAGACCAGCGCGCAGGACACAAUGGAUAGUCAGCACUCUGGCGUACCACUACGGACUGGACCGCGGAGUGGAGAACGAAAUCAUAGUUCUGGCCACAGGACUGGAUCAAUAUCUGCAGGAGAUCUUCCAUCACAUCGACUAUCAGGGUGGAGGUAAAAUCCCUGUGGAGGAUUUUAACAUUUUGUGUGAGAUUUUGGGACUGAACAAAGACUCAGAGGAUACAGAGUGCGCAGGGGGUCAUGAGAAUGCACCCAGCGAGCUGUCCUUCAGACACUUCCACGCUAAACUGUGCGGACACUUCAGCACCAAGGCGGGCUGUCAGUAUGAGAAGGGCCGGCUGCUGGUGGGGAAAGACAGCGAGCACAUAGAGACUCAGAUCCGCCUGAGGAGUCCUCUGAGGCGGCGAGAGAAGCUGCUGUCUGUGGGUGUUAGUGAGGGCUCCUGCUCCUCCUCGGAGGGACGUGGGCACGCCUCCGGCUGCAGGCUCGGAUCCUGCACCAAAGAGUGCUAUGAGGAGAUAGUGGCACUGGAGGAAGCAGAAGACCGGAUAGCCAAGCUGGAGGACGAAAAUGCAAGUUUGAGAGAGUUGAUAGAGGACAUGCGAGCUGCACUUCAGAGCAGUGACGCGCGCUGUUUGGCUCUACAGGUAGGACUAUGGAAAAGUCACUCCAAACACAAACCAGAGGACGGCUGUUUUGUUGCCCAACAGAAACAAUCUGUCCAGAAAGGUGUGAGCACUAACACAAACCUGAAAAGCAGCUCCUACAGCAACCUGAAGAGCCUGCAGAACCUCAUCCAGGAGAUAGAACUGCUGCAGAAUACCAGAGACCAGCAGGUAGAGGAGGCUAUGCUGUGCAAUCAAAGACUGGAGAAGGAACUGUGGAGCUCUAAAGAGACCGUGGUCGCUCUGGAGGAAUGCAACCAGGUCUUGAAGAGGGAGCAGGUGGGCAUGAGGAGGAAGGUGGAGGAGGCCAGGCAGGCGCUGCUCAACGGCCUGGGCAAGGUGAAGGAACUGGAGGCCAAAGCCAGUCAUGUGCCCGCGCUGCAGAGACACAUCGUCCAGCUGGAAUCAGAGCUCCUGUACUACAGGUCAGAGGUGUCAAAACUCCAACUCCCAAGCAGCACCAGGACAGAGCUGCCACUGAGUGUUAGCAGCAGGCCGGGCCAGAGGUGUUGCUCGGACUCCCAACACGACCGCUGUUCACCGACAGGACGAGCUGUUACGACACCGGAUAAGAUGGAGGAGCAGCUCUUCCGUUCAGUGGAGGGCCAGGCAGCAUCUGAUGAGGAGGAGGACAAGUGGACCGGGGACCAGCAGAGGCAGGUCGCUGAAGUGAAGAGGAUCCUGACGAGGCUGUCCUGCUGUGGGGAAAGGUGUGACGACAAAGCCUUCAAGAAGCUGCUGUCUAACUUUGGGAGCUGGAGGAGCGAGGAGAGCUGCAGCGCUGUGGUGGAGCUCCUGGAGAGAGUGACCCGGUUGCAUAAACAGCUGGAGCUGAAGGAGAGCCAGGCGGAGAUAGACAUGGACCAGAUAAAGGACUCCCUCUUACAGGAGCUGCAGCAAAAGGCAGAGGAGACCGAGCUGCUUCAGAUGGAGCUGCAGAUGCUGGAGACAGAGAGGGUUCGUCUGUCGCUGGUGGAGGAGAAACUCGUGGACAUCUUGCAGCUCCUCCAGCAGCUCAGAGACUUGAAUGUCUCACGGAGGUCUCUCGGGAAGAUCUUGCUCAGCACUUUGGAGUCAUGCAGCGACCCACAACACGGGAAAGCCCACAUUCUGGAGGUGCUCAACGCUCUCUAUCACGAGCUGGCUGCGUGUGAGAUUCUGUCUACAGGUGGCCCCUUAGACCGGGCACAGAGUCAGCAGUCUCCAAAUGCCCUCAUCAUCUCCUGCUAAUCAAGACUGCCUCCUGCUGGCUCACUUAUGCUCCAUCAUUCUUUUAAAGAAGGACAAUGAAAGCUUAAAGAGUCAUAAAGAAGCUUCUUACUGUGUAUAGUGUAUUAUAUUUCUCUUAUAUACUCUUUCAACCCCGUUAUCUAUAAAGGGAUGUUAGUCUAGAAAGGGCUUCUUUACAUAUAACGUGAACCUUUCUCACAUAUGUUUUCAAGGUUUUAUAUUGCACAUAACUCUUUCACAUUUAAUCUUUUUUUUCUUCUCCAGAGUUCUGAAUGUGAAAAUGUUGAAUUAAGCUAACCCUUUAAUAUCUGUGAAAUGUAUCUGGUCAAACAUUCCAGAUAGAGCUGUAUAAAUGUUUCUCUUUCCAGUUUCUUCAUUUAAAAAGGGCUGCAUAUGAAAGUCACGUGUCAUGUAUGUGCAGGUGACGUUUUAUGAAAUGUGGUGACUCCGAUUUUGUUUUAUGCUUCUAAUUUUUUGCACUUGCCGACUCCCUGAAUACCAGUGUUGCUAUUGGUGCAUUCAGGUGUUUCAUUAAUCGUGAUCAAUGCUGCCAUCAGGAGCUUAUGUUAGCUAUAUGCAACCUAAGGAAAGGUACAAUUAGAUGUAGCACAGUAAAUUGUAAACCCUGACCAGCUCAUAUUGGUUUUGUCUUGUACAGAAGAGUCUCAGCAAAAGGUCUACAUGAUACGAUGAGGUUUUAACACUAUAGGUAACUAGUAGGUGUGUCAUUUAAAGGCAGCUCUCUAGAGAUGGAAUACAACAACAAGGUAGUUUAUGCAAAACCACUCACUGGUGUACUCUUACUAUGACAUUAAAGCCUUGACAUACAAAGUUUAAA